AUGACAUCAUCCUCACUGAGAGUUGGCUGGUAUGGCCUCGGAUCAAUGGGGAUAGGAAUGUCACUGAACCUCCAAAAAUAUCUCAAGAGCAACAAUAUAUCGCCGCUGCAUUACAGUAACCGCACUUUGUCAAAAGGUGAUCCUCUUCGUGACGAAGGCGCCGUACCUGAAGAGAAGUUCGAAGAUCUCGUCCAUAAUUCGGACAUUAUUUUUACAAUGAUAUCCAUGGACAAUGUCCUAACCGAACUAUUAAAUACGGUGUUAGUCGCGGGCGAUGCGUUGAAAGGCAAAAUCUUCGUGGACACUUCUACUAUCCAUCCAGAUACGUCGGAGUGGGCUGCAUCGCGCCUCGGUGAAUAUGGCGCCGCGUUUAUCGCAGCUCCAGUUUUCGGCGCUAGUGCAGUGGCAGCCACCGGGAAGCUGAUCUUCGCGGUAUCUGGACCUACUGCGGCAGUUCAAACAAUCACACCAUUUAUCAAGGACGUCAUGGGACGCAGUAUCAUCGAUAUGGGAGAAGAUGUGCGGAAAUCCAGCCUUCUCAAAAUCUCUGGAAAUAUCCUUGUCAUCAGCUUCAUGGAAGUGAUUGCCGAGGCGCAGGUAUUUGCCGAGGCGACCGGGAUUGGCAAUCAACAGCUGGAGGAGUUCAUUGGCAAUAUGUUUGGUCCUGUACUCGAAAGCUAUUCAAAGCGUAUCACCACCGGCGCGUAUGCACCGCCCCUGGAUACAUCCCCGGGAUUUGCAGCAGCUCUUGCAAGCAAAGACAUGAAGCACGCUCUCUCCAUUGCUGCCAGUAAUGGAACUCGUCUUCCGACCCUCGAAGUUGCAUCAAGCCGUCUUGCAUCAGCACGGGAAUAUGCUGGUGAGUGCUUGGAUAGCUCGGCAAUCUAUGGGACAGGGCGAUUGGAAGCGGGCCUUCCGUUUUGGAGCGAAAAGAGUCGACAAGGAAAUUGA